AACCUACAUACGCAUCCUUAAAAAAUAUAUUGCUUGUUUUUACUUGCUUUUGGACUCCAUGUGAAUGAAAUUCUCUCCAUGCCCUUCUUUUUUUUUAGUCAUUAAGCACAUAAGUUCUGGAGUAAGUCUGCCUGGUGCCAAUCCCUGAGUUGUUGUAUACUAGCUGCUUAUAUUGCUCAAGUUACCCAAACUCUCUUUGCCUCAGUUCCCUCAGCUGUAAAGAGGGUAUUAAUAAUGCCACCUACGGAAAUAAUAGAUCCAGACAGUGGUUGCUCUUGAAACCCUUACGGAAAAGGCAGAUGGGAAACUUUUUAAUGGCUAGCUCAGGCUGACAAAAGUUGAACUCAUUUGCAACAUGAAAAAAAAGCAACAGGCAGAUAUGACAUUAGGGUUCAGGCAGCCGUAGGGUUCAGGCAGCCGUGAUCCCUCAGUUGCCUUUUGUGAGGUAGGAGCUAAAAGGCAAAGAAAACCACCAUUCAUCUCCUUGCGCCCUGGGAGGUCCUUGCUCCUUCCUUCAGUUCUGAACAAGAUUGGCUACAAUCAGGGAGAGGUGAACCCCCAAAUGGCUGGGGGUUCCACUCACAACACCUAGCCCCUCUGGUUGCCUCUCCCCAUUUUAUGCUGGUCAACACAAGCUGGGAACCAUGUGGCAUCUUGGAGGGGACUGGGUCCAGACCUUUGAACACUUGUCUCCUUUGAGGAAAUUAUUUCAUAUUUCUGCAGCUGAAGUUUCUCAUCUGCAAAAUGGAAUUGAUACUGCCUUAUAGACUUUCUGGGAACAUCAAAUGAAGAAAUAUGAGUAGUAGCCCGGGAAAGAAAAAAAAGAAAAGAAAAGCCUCUGAAAUUUGAACACUGGCCUAGCGCUCACAGCUAGGCCAUGUUAUUUCCGGUUGGACAUAAACAACCUCACUGAACAUCAAUAUCAAACAAGGUUACUCUGAGACCAUGAUUAAAUCAUGACCAUUUCAAAAUUUUGUGUAAAUACGGGCAAAAACAAGGUACUCUACUAUCCACAGAGCACCAAACAUCCCCCUCUUUAGACUAAAAUGAGUGACUCCUGCUUUAUUUAUUUAUUUAUUAACUAAUUACAGCUUUUUCCUCCCUGGGGUGCUAUGAGUUGCAAUCAACUCCACAGCAAGGGAUUUAGUCUGCCCUCAUUAGCUCUUUGACCUUGGUCAAAUCAUGUGAUUUUUCUAUGCCUCAGUUUCUUCAUCUAUACGAUGAGUUCCUUUUUGGGGGGCGGGGAGGCAAAAAAUGUAGGCCAGUGAUGAGACAGAAAAAAGCACUAUAUGUGUAUUUAUAUGUAUAAUAUGUAAUAUAUGUGUGUGAGAGAGAGAUGUGUUUUUAUGAUAUCUUUUUAGCUAUCUAAUGCAAAAUAUGACUCAUGGUUCUUUCUCUGGGUCUUAAAUUACAUAAUCUAAAAUUUUUUCUUAGUUCUUUAGUCAUAUGUUAUUUUUAAUGUCAUGGCAUAUGUUCUGUCAACCUGUAAAUACAAGGAUCCAACAGCCACAGAAGGGACCCCUAAGCCACUGACAUUUAAGGACACAAGUGCUCAGAGAGCCAUUAAGGGUCAGAGAAACCAAGCAAAUGUCAAAACAAGGUCACUCUCCUCAAGGUGAAAGAUUUUUCAAACUGAAGGUCACAGUCCAUUAGUGGAACGUGAAAUCAAUUUCAUGGUUUGCAACCAGCAUUUAAAAAAGUGAGACAGAACAAAAUAGAAUAUAUCACAGUACAGGCACCUAGGGUAGUAUUAUUUCCUGAAUUUUUGUUUCAGGUAUGUGUAUGUGUGUGUGACAGAGAGAGAGAGAGAGAGAGAAGCUUUUCUAUCUAACUUUACAAUCAGAAAAAGUUUGAAAGCCAGCAAUCUCAUCCUUCGGGUUCUGCUUCAGAAAUAUCUCAGACGCAGACUUGCUACUUUUCCAUGUGCUUUCAUUAAGCAAAGCCCUUGCCAUCCUGCAGAGAUUAUUGCAAGAGAUUCCCAACCUCUGACAUUGGGUCCUCUUCAGUAAUGAUCGUUUUUGCAAAAAACAUAUAGCCAAAACAACUACCACAACAACAAUACAACAAACUGUCUGUCCUUCAAAUCUUCUGGUGGCUCUUAGGUUUACAGAAUAACCAGGGAACUUCUCACCCAGGCAUAGGGGAAUCCUCACAAAAAAGUCAUGAGGGGGAUUUUCUCUGCUGAGACCUUGGGUUCUGGCCACACUGCAUCGCUCCCUCAGCAUCCUCCUGAAGGGCCCAGCUUUCAUGAGCAAACUCUUAUUUCCAGGCCCCCUCACAAAGGCCAGACCAAGGAGAAGCUCAGAGAAGCAUCCUGAGCACGAUCCCAACAACCUUUUCUCCACAGCUCUGCCACCCAACUCUUCUUAGAGCUGCAGGUUUGUGGUUCCACUGGGCUCUUCAGGGCAGGAUUCCUACCUGACAUUUUAUGUUGGGGGGUGUUGGGGGCGGGGGGACUGUAUUUGCGUAUCAGUCAGGAGAGAGGGGAGGAAACCGAAGUAAGGAAACCAGAAGCAGAACUCAGUUGAGGACACCAGCCAUGAGGGUGGCCUCAUUUUGGCCAAGCAGAUACCAUAUUGUGAGAUCCAUGUGACUUAACCUGUCCUUGAGGGUCUUCUACGAAGCCACAGGGUCUGGGGAGGAGCAUUAAUCACAGGAAAGUCGUGUGCCUUGUGGCUUAUGACUUCAUAGAUUGUGUUUGCCCAAAUACAUUCAUACCCUGAAGUUUUAGGCACUUCCACAAGCGUCUUCUAACUCUGCAAUGAGACGUGUAAGAAAUUUGUGUUACUUCCCUCACAUACAUAAAUAAAUUUCAAUAAAAUUUAGGGCGUGAAUAACUUAUUUUCUCCAUCAAGCGAAAGCCAACCAUUUGGAAGACCACUCAGAAGAGGUGAGAUAAACCUCCGGCUAAAUAUUACCUUUGAAUUUACAAGGAAAAGAGGAAGUUUCAUUCUCCGCCCUUAGAUUUUGCUGAAAAUCGAGAGCUUUAUCGAAUAGUUUUGACAUAAAGGGUUAUCUUUCACUAAAAGACAAUAAGGCAUGUGAAACCCGAGUCUCCAUGGAUCAUUUCAGUAGUGGAACUUUGGCGAUUCGGUGCUUAGGGGUUUUGUGGGAUUCAACUUUUGGGGGUAGAACAAACACAAAUGCUCCUCCUCCGAAGGGCGGGGGCGGUGCCUUGGAGAUGCACCAAUCACAGCGCGCCCUGCCCUAUAAAAGGCCCUGAGGCCCGCCUCGCUUUCACGCUUCUCACGGGUCAUUACAUCUUUGUCUGUCUUCGUGUUGCGAUGUCUGAGACCGCGCCUGCAGCUCCUGUUCCAGCCCCGAUGGAGAAGCUUCCAGCCAAGAAGAGAGGGAAGAAGCCUGUCGGCCUGACAGGUGCUAACCGCAAGGUUCCGAGCCCUUCGGUGUCUAAGUUGAUUAUCGAGACGCUGUCGGUGUCGCAGGAGCGAGCGGGCAUGUCUUUGGCUGCGCUCAAGAAGGCACUGGCGGCAGCUGGUUACGACGUAGAGAAGAACAACAGCCGCAUCAAGUUGGGCCUCAAAAGCUUGGUGAGCAAAGGGAUUUUGGUGCAGACCAAGGGCACCGGCGCUUCCGGCUCGUUCAAGCUCAGCAAGAAGGCGGCUCCAGAGCCCAAGGGCAGAGUCAAGAAGUCCGCCUCUGGUAAGGCCAAGAAGCUGGCUUUGUCGAGAGACCCGAAGUCUAAAAAGAGUGCCAAAUCCAACAAAGUCAAGAAACCAAGGGCAGCAGGAGUUAAGAAAGCUGCCAGAAGUGUGAGGAAGGCUAAGGGCACCAAGGUCAAGCAGCAGCGGAAGAGCCCACCGAAGGCCCGAACAGGGAAGCUUAAGGCCGGGAAGCCCAAGGUGACCCAGCAGAAAAUAAAUCCCAGGAAGGCAGCAUCGAAGAAGUGAGAAGCAUUGAGAGACUAGUUUUCAAAGAACCCAAAGGCUCUUUUAAGAGCCACCCAAAUAUUUCUAAAACGGUGUGACACUGGAAAUUUCUAGUUUAUGGAGCCAAGUGGGGCCUCUAGGUCAGUGUCGUGGGUCUCCUUACAAAAACAAGUGUAGUUAUAUUUGAAGUGAAACAAAAGGUAAUUUAGACACAGUAAGAACCAAAAAGCCAAACCCAUUGUGGUUGAUAGAAUCAAUCCAAAAAAUACUAAGUUUCACUGCUUAGGCUAUUAGAGGGCCCAGGGACUUGGCCUAUGUAUAAGCUAGACUGCGUUUCUGGAAAUGACUAGUGUGAGGAAGGGAUAAAGUUCAGCUCAGCUACCGAAUCCUUAGACAUCUAUCCAUAGAAAUCUAUGGAGAUAGAUGUCUAGAUUGAUAGGUAUCUAGAUAGAUAAUCGGUAUAUACCUAGACACACACCUAGAUAGGUAGCUAGAUACACAGCCCUGGUGGCGCAGUGUUUGAGAGCUCUGGCUGCUAACUGAAAGAUUGGCAGUUCGAAUCCAACAGAUGCUCCUUGGAAACCCCAUGGGCGUAGUUCUACUCUGUCCUACAUUGUUGCUGUGAGUUGGAAUGGACUCCAUGGCCAAUGGGUUUUAGACACAAUUUUUUUUAACAGCAAGUGGUAUGUCCCAAUUUGUUCUUUUACAUCACCCUAUAUCUUUUUUUUCUUUUAUGGAGUACCUAUUUGCACACAUAAGGUCGCCUGCCAUGAGUCGGCAUCUACUGUAGGAUACCAACCAGGCUUUCUUAGUCCAGUGUACAGUGACUUCCAAGAGGACAAUAAUUAGAAAUGGGAUGUCUCUGAAUUUGGAUUAGGAGGAAAAAAAAAUUACCUCUGUUUUUACUAACCUCUAACAAAUUUAGCAUUUCCUUCCAUUAUCUGCUAUAAACUAAACGAUAGAAAAUAUUUUCAGUUUACUAUUGUUGCAAGAAUCUUGAAAUAGUGUUUAUCCUCACUGCUAUUUCCAAAGUGUGGUGGUAAUUAGAUGCUAUUAUUUUAUUAACAAGUUUGUAUAUCACUGUCUGAAUUUUUUAAAAAAGUUUUACUAUUUUAACACAUUUAGUUUAAUACAAUUUUGAUCCUAUGUAUUUUAUUUGUGAAAAGAGCCUAUAGCUUUGACCAAGCCGCCAGGGCUCUCCACAGGGCGAACCCAAAACUUUCAUGGAAAUUUUGGGGUCGGUACAGUUGACAGGACCUGAAUGAAACUCCUAAAAAAUCAUGAAACAGGCAUGUUAAGAAACCCUCAGGGUCCGGGUUGAAGUACCUUUCCCUUUUAAACAACAUUUAUUUUGAAAUUUCACUUAACAUUCUUAGAGAUCAUCCUAAAUGUUAAAUCCACACUAAUGUUGUUAGGUGCCUUGGAAUAGACUUCGACUCAUAGUAAGCGCAUGUGACAAAGCAGAACUGCCCUUCAGGGUUUCCUAGGCUGUAAUCUGCAUCGGCGUUCUGGUGUUGAAGUGGUUAAGCGCUUUUCUGCUAAUAGAGAGGUUGGAGGUUUGAAUCCAUCAGACAGCCUUCUCAAGAGCGAAGGAUGUUGCAAUCCGCUUCCCUAAAAAUUUGGUCACUAUUUGAGUCGGGAUGGACUCGAAAGCAACGUUUUUUUUUUUUUUUUUUUGGUUUAAUCCAUACCGGAGCAAAUCGCCACUGAGCAGCUGAGUGGGUUUGAACCGCCAACUUUCAGGCACAGUUCCGCCACCAGAGCUCUUUACACUAAUGUUGCUAAUAUUAUUUUGGGCCUUAGUAUUCGGGGUGCCUUUGAAAGAGCCCAGUGCAACGCUAAGCAGGGCAUUUUUAUAUGUGGUUCGCCAGGGCCUGGCCUUUAUGAAGGGCUCGUUGGUAUAAAUGGGCUGCUUGGAAAAAAAAAAAAAAAUUAAACCGUGUCCUAAAAUGGAAGGGAAAAUUAUGACUUUAAUUUU